AUGCCCACCUACCUCACCCGCGAGAACUCCCGCAUCUACUCGCCAAACUCAGACAUACUGGACCUCGACCCAAACAACACAUUGGACUUGUCAGGCCACAAACACCCCGUUGAUGGGCUCACUCACACCCUGCCGCUCCGUCCCUCGCGCUCAACCAACCUCCAUGAUAGCUUCGACGAAAGCUCCACCUCGUCAACACACGCCUCGGACAUCUCUGAUUCCAUCCCCACGCAGAUGAACGGGACGAGGCCGACGAGCAUGAGCUCUUUGCCCAACGGCUCGGCAGGCGCCGGUGGAGGCCCAGACUUUGACUAUCACGACCUCGAUCACGAUGGAGACUCCCAUCACAACCACAACCACAACGGCUACGCCAACCACAAGCACCCCUUCCACAAUGGUGCCGCCGUCACAAUGCCCGAUCGGACGGCGCCGCCUCCCCCCAUCUCCGUUGUCAAGGAACCCGCCUCCGAUACCGACCAUUCGAGCCCGACGGACAACUACCUGACGCCGCCGACCAUCGGCUCGCCUGCCGGGGCACCCAUUGACUACACAAACAAGACCAAUGGCGCCAGCAGUCCCAACUACGUACCACCGCCAAUACCCUCUCAGAGCAACGCCGCCAACGGCCAUGCAACGCCUGCAACCGCCGUCAGCACCGCCUCGCCGUCGCCCGUCCCCACCGCGCACAAGCAGCCCCCAUCGCCACAGCCCCUAUACAACUCCGCCGCUGCGACGCCCAGCGCGUCGACGCCGACGAACCUGCAACCACCGCCGCCAAACGUCGGCCUGAAACAUCGACACACGCUCGAGGUCCCGGGAACGCAAUCCAACAGGGCUUCCAAGGACGGCGGUUCCGACGCGGCCUUUGCGAGCGGGCGCUUCUCCCCGACGAGCACCACGCAGAGGGUUCGUAGGGCGUCCCUCAACCUGGUCCGGAGGGAUACCCGCUCCAUGCAAUCCGAUGUUCCGCGUGACGAGGUCCUCCCCGACGAGGAUGCCCUGCGCUGGGCCGAGCAUUACCGGCAAAAGCGGGCGAGCAAGAGGAAGAGGAAGGAGGAAGAGGACGAUGACCGGGUGUUGGUGGGCACCAAGGUCGACGAACACCACGCCAACUGGGUCACGGCCUACAACAUGCUGACGGGCAUUCGCGUCUCCGUGUCCCGCACCAACGCCAAGCUCGACCGUCCCCUCACCGAUGCCGACUUCGAGGCGAAGCAGAAGUCGACUUUUGACAUUGCCGGCAACGAGUUGGUGCCCUCGGCAAAGUACGAUUUCAAGUUUAAGGAUUAUGCCCCCUGGGUCUUCCGGCAUCUGCGCAAUCUGUUCCGCCUCGACCCCGCCGAUUAUCUCAUGUCGUUGACGGGCAAGUAUAUCCUCUCCGAGCUGGGAUCCCCGGGGAAGAGCGGCAGCUUCUUCUACUUCUCCAGAGACUACAAGUACAUCAUCAAGACGAUCCACCACGCCGAGCACAAGUUCCUGCGCAAGAUCCUCAAGGACUACUACCACCACGUCACCGAGAACCCAAACACCUUGCUCUCCCAGUUCUACGGCCUCCACCGCGUCAAGAUGCCCUACGGCAAGAAGAUCCACUUCGUCGUCAUGAACAACCUCUUUCCUCCCCACCGGGACAUUCACACCACAUUCGACCUCAAGGGUUCCACCAUCGGCCGCGACUAUAAGGAAGACGACCUCGACAAGAACCCGCGGGCGACGCUCAAGGAUCUCAACUGGAUGCGGCGGCAACGCCACCUCGAGCUGGGCAUCCAGAAGAAGCAGCUCUUCCUGGAACAGCUGCAAAAGGACGUGGUGCUGAUGAAGAAGCUCAAGAUCAUGGACUACUCUCUACUCAUCGGUAUCCACGACCUGCAGCGCGGCAACGAAGAGAAUCUCCGGGGAAAGACGCUCCAGGUUUUCAACCCCGGCGGGAAUAACACACAAGAGGAAGGCGAGCCGCCAUCGGUGCUCCUGCGGACCCCGUCCAAGCUGGAGAACGCCCGCAAGGCGAGGGAGCUGAGGAACAUGAUCAGGCACGAACGCCCCGUGCCCAUGGGCGAGUCGGCGACCCAGAUGCCAGACGAGCUCGACGAGGGCCACACCAGGUCGGGAUACAUCUUCAACCAGGACGACGGCGGAUUCCAGGCGACCCACGAGGACAACUCGCCUGCCGAAGAGAUUUACUACCUCGGUGUCAUCGACUGCCUGACCCACUACGGAAUGAUCAAGAAGAUUGAGCACUUCUGGAAGGGCCUGACAAGCGACAAGAACAAGAUCUCGGCGCUCCCGCCCGACCAGUACGGCGACCGCUUCUACAACUUUGUCGAGGGUAUCACCAUGUCUCCCGAGGAGGCGAUACGCGAGAAGCAGAGGAAGGACCAGGAGCAGAUUGAGGCCGCCGCGGCCGCAGAGAAUCAACGCGUGGCCAGCUGGAGCUCGAGCAUGCGCCGUAGGUCGACGGCGAAUAACAUCCCGCCGAUGCCCAACUACCAACCACCGCCGACACCGCCUAACGGCGCCCCGAUGUCGCCGGAAGCACGCGAGACUGUCGAACGAGCGCAGCAAGACGCUCGCAGGUCAGAGAGAUACGGUGCCUCCGAAGCCAACGUGCCCGAAAUGGUCCUCUCGACGGCCAAGAUGACGGAGCGACGGGAGUCUGGCGGCCAAGGAACGCCUAUCCUGCCCGUGGUGGAGGAGGCGGCCGAGGCAUCGUCGCUCGGUGGGCGAAGCAAGAGCGGCGGCAGCCGGAACAGUGACGACUACCGACCUGCCACGCCAGCGAAAACGGGCAUGGACGCCAGGUUCGCGGGGCUGAGGGACUACGCACCGCCCACGCCGCCAAAGGGUCACCAUCUCAAGCCUGAGAGCCAGGACAGCGGCUACGGAGCGCUGCCCAACGGCAACGGCUCCGCAGUGGGCCGGGAAGACUCGAUCAAGCCUCGUCUCAGCCGGGACUCGCUGGAUAAGGCCCUGCCGCCGCUCCCCAACGAAGCAGGCAGAAAGAGCAAAAUGCGCGCGGGCCUCGCAUAG